AUGGGCUUCACAGUAAAGGGCCUUAGGAUAUGCCUUUAUUUGAAAUCCUACGGAGAGAGCUCGAUGGACGAUUACCAUGUGUGGAAGAAACACACGGCAGAUCUCUACGAUGUGGUCAUUACUCAUGGGCUCGAUUGGCCGGUCACGUCGGCGCAGUGGCUCCCUGAUCAUCAGAGGAUCUUGCUUGGAUCCAAAGCGCUGGAUGAUCCCCACGAUUGUCUCGAGAAUUGUGUCCUCAUCGUCAAGCUCGCCGUCCCAGCCGAUCUUGACGCCGAGAUCCAUGAGAACUGGGUAAGGCUGCUUCUUUUUUCCACGUCUUUCUUCCUUCUCUUGACCUCUAGAGAGUGUAUGGAAUGGGUCCAGAUGACUCAAUGGAUCAAGCAUGAAGAAGGACAGGUCAAUCGAGCUCGCUAA